ACAACACACAGGACGCUUCACUCUAGUCUAAACCAACAACUCUGUCUGUCUCACCAUGGCAACUCGAAAGCCCCCCUCCUGUACAGGACCAUGGAGUGGCUGCAGGGUGGCCACAGCUGUCAGUGAGUCAUCAUCCAUCCACAGUGAUACCCUGUUCUGCCCGGGGCCUUGUACUCCUGGUCCUGGUCUGGGUCGGGACAUCUCUCUGGGCUCUACAGGGCCUGGUCUGGGUCGGGACAUCUCUCUGGGCUCUACAGGUCCUUGUCUGGGUCGGGACAUCUCUCUGGGCUCUACAGGUCCUGGUCUGGACAUCUCUCUGGGCUCUACAGGGCCUGGUCUGGGUCUGGACAUCUCUCUGGGCUCUACAGGUCCUGGUCUGGGUCAGGACAUCUCUCUGGGCUCUACAGGUCCUGGUCUGGACCGGGACAUCUCUCUGGGCUCUACAGGUCCUGGUCUGGGUCAGGACAUCUCUUUGGGCUCUACAGGUCCUGGUCUGGGUCUGGACAUCUCUCUGGGCUCUACAGGUCCUGGUCUGGGUCGGGACAUCUCUCUGGGCUCUACAGGUCCUGGUCGGGACAUCUCUCUGGGCUCUACAGGUCCUGGUCUGGACCGGGCCAUAGACUACCUACAGGAGCGGACACACACACGCUACAGAAUGCAUCAGUCCGCCAGCCAAGACAAGAUACCGGGCGGAGGUGAUGGCCAGAGGUGGGGACAGUUCUUUUCAGAUGGCCGGAGGAAGGUGGACUAUGUCCUGGUGUUUUACCAACGUAAACAGACCUCUGUGAGGGGGGGCGACCGGCCGCACCGUCUCUCCGCCCCCUCGCACCCUCCUCAUCGCCUCUCUGUCAUCUCUAAUGGUACCUCCCCCCCCUCCGGCCCUGUGGGGGGUGUAGGGCAGGGGGGUGUAGGGCAGGAGGGUGUGGGGGGGGUGGGAUGUGCAGCCGGGCAGCGGAGUGCGGGGGAUGGGGAGGUGUGUGUGGACCUGGGCGUGGGAGUGGCCGUGGAGGUGGAGUUGGAGGCGGACUCAGCUGAAGGAGAUAUGGUGCUGAUCAGGGAGGAGUUUGAGGCCCGGCUGCUGAAGGCGGGGCUUGAGAUGGAGAGAGACACAGAGGUCAGGGUCUUCGGGCCCAGCUUCACUCGGCUCCAUGUCCCCUGGCCGGUCCUGAGCAGGGAGGCAGAGUUCCUCAAGAUUAAAGUCCCCACUAAUAAGAGCUAUGGUCUGAAGGAGGAGCAUGGGUUCAGUGCCAGCCUCAGUGAGUUCUGGAGGAAGGUGAACCAGCCGUUCCAACCCAACAUCCCCCAGCUAGGCCACAGCACCACCAAGCAGCUCUCCCACUGCUUCUCCAGGGAAAAACUACACUUAUUUAACAUCACCUCUAAAGACACGUUCUUUGACAACGCAACACGCAGUCGAAUAGUGUACGAGAUCCUGAGACGCACCGCCUGCACGCGCACCAGCCAAUCCAUGGGCAUCACCACAUUAAUAGCUAAAGGUGUCUAUGAUUCUGCCUUCCCUCUCCAUGAUGGGGACUAUACGGCCGUGGACCACUCAGAGAGGAACGACAGACAGCUGCUCCAUGAUGAGUGGGCCAGAUAUGGAGCCUUCUACAAAUACCAACCUGUGGACCUCAUCAGGAAGUACUUUGGGGAGAAGAUCGGUCUGUACUUCGCCUGGCUGGGCGUCUACACUCAGCUGCUCAUACCAGCCUCUCUGGUUGGGAUUAUCGUCUUCUGCUAUGGCUGUUACACUGUAGACACAAACGUACCCAGCCUGGAGAUGUGUGAUAAGCAGCGGAACUUCACCAUGUGCCCUCUAUGUGAUGGAGUGUGUGACUACUGGCACCUGUCCACUGCCUGUGGCACCGCCCGGGCAUCACACCUGUUCGACAACCCUGCCACCAUAUUCUUCGCCAUCUUCAUGUCUCUCUGGGUUGCGACGUUCCUGGAGCACUGGAAGCGCCGUCAGAUCAGUCUGAACCACAGCUGGAACCUCACAGGACUGGAGGAAGAGGAGGAACACCCGAGGCCCAAGUAUGAGACCAUCCUCCUCCAGAAGAGACAGAGGAUGAGGAGGAAGGAGAAGAAGAAGAAGAAGAAGAAGAUUGAGCCUGUGCAGCGUGAGGAGGACGUGGCAGCAGGGAAAGACAGAUGGAGACAGAGGUUACUGUCUGCUAUGAACACUGGGACGAGUGGUGUGGAGAAGCUGACCUGGAGGGACCGUCUGCCUGGGUACCUCAUCAACAUCUCCUCCAUCCUCUUCAUGUUCGGGCUGACAUUCUCGGCGGUGUUCGGUGUGAUCGUGUAUCGAAUCGUCGUGUCUGCUGUCAUGGCGAUGUCACCUGACCCGGAGAUCAAGUCUAACGUCCGCGUCACCGUCACGGCAACCGCUGUCAUCAUCAACCUGGUGGUCAUUCUGAUACUGGACGAGAUCUACGGAGCUGUGGCCGUCUGGCUCACUGAGCUGGAGAUUCCAAGGACAGAGAGUAACUUUGAGGAGCAUCUGAUUCUGAAGUCUUUCCUGCUGAAGUUCAUGAACGCCUACGCCCCCAUCUUCUAUGUAGCAUUCUUUAAGGGACGGUUUGCAGGCAGGCCGGGAGACUACGUUUAUGUUUUUAAUAACUACCGGAUGGAGGAGUGUGCUCCUGGAGGUUGUUUAAUAGAGUUAUGUAUUCAGCUCAGUAUCAUCAUGGUGGGGAAACAACUCAUUCAGAACAACGUCUUUGAGAUUGGUAUCCCUAAGUUGAAGAAGUUGAUCCGAGCGUGGAAGGAUAAGGGGAUUUCAUUGGAAGAGCGAGAGGAGCAGCGGGCCAGACCUCCUCAACAGUGGAAUCUCGACUACGCCCUGGUCCCCUUUGAAGGACUGACCCCAGAGUACAUGGAGAUGAUUAUCCAGUUUGGGUUUGUGUCUCUGUUUGUCGCAUCGUUCCCUCUGGCUCCUCUCUUCGCUCUCCUCAACAACGUGAUCGAGAUCCGCCUCGACGCCAAGAAGUUUGUCACCGAGCUGCGAAGACCCGACGCCGUCCAAGCCAAAGACAUCGGAAUCUGGUUCAACAUCCUGAGUGGAAUGGGAAAGUUCUCUGUCAUUAUAAAUGCGUUUGUGAUCUCGUUUACGUCGGACUUCAUUCCCAGGCUGGUGUACCAGUACAUGUACAGUCAGACGGGCACCAUGCACGGCUUCAUAGACCACACCCUCUCUCACUUCAACGUGUCCAACUUCAGACCUGGCAAAGCCCCCACCUCCUCACUCCUCGCUGAGAUCACCGUCUGCAGGUAUAAGGACUACAGAGAGCCACCAUGGUCAGCUGAAGCAUACCAGUUCUCUAAAACCUACUGGGCCAUCCUGGCUGCCAGACUGGCCUUCGUCAUCCUGUUCCAGAACCUGGUGAUGUUCCUGAGCCUGCUGGUUUCCUGGUUGAUCCCAGACGUACCUAAGAACAUCAGUGAGCAGCUGAAGAGAGAGAAGACUCUGUUGGUGGACGUGUUCCUCCGGGAGGAGAAGGAGAAGUUCCACCUCCUCCAGAGCCUCUUCUCCUCCAAGGACCAGCCCAGCCAGGGCCACCCCGACACGGCCCACGUCCGUACUCUACCACCAGGCCUCUCCCAGGGCCUAGGCCAGCACCCGGGCGGAGAGGGAGGGGAGUCCCGGGCGCGAUGCAGGGCUGCCAGUUUCAGCCAGUUCACCAGACAGAUGUCCAUGUCUCCUAGCAACGAUGCAGGCCAACAGAUGUCCAUGUCUCCUAGCAACGACGCAGCCCGACACACAGCGGUCUGACACUACUGCGGUAGCAACAUGGAGGCUGAAUGCGCCUCUGUGAUCUCUCAUCCAUGUAGAUUUGGUGUUCUCUUUCUGAAGCAGUGUGAUGAUGGAACAUGCUGAUAAUGGACUUGUUCUUCUGGCCGGAUAAUCGACAUAUUCUUAACCAGUGUGUGUGUGUUUAUCUGCAUAAUGAGAGGUAACUGUUUAGUUCCCUUAAGGAAAAGCACCUUCAGCCAGAUUGCUUUCUCUGAGAGAGCUUCCCACGUCUGGAAACACGCUGCCUUCAGACACACGGAACUGCUCCACCUACCGCACCUUCACAAAUAACCUAAAGACACAGUCGUCUGGAAACACGCUGCCUUCAGACACACGGAACUGCUCCACCUACCGCACCUUCACAAAUAACCUAAAGACAUGUCUAAAGGACAGUCAGGGGUGGGAACACAAUCCCAAGCUGUGUGUGAACACAAUCCCAAGCUGUGUGUGAACACAAUCCCAAGCUGUGUGUGAACACAAUCCCAAGCUGUGUGUGAACACAAUCCCAAGCUGUGUGUGAACACAAUCCCAAACUGUGUGUGAACACAAUCCCAAGCUGUGUGUGAACACAAUCCCAAGCUGUGUGUGAACACAAUCCCAAACUGUGUGUGAACACAAUCCCAAACUGUGUGUGAACACAAUCCCAAGCUGUGUGUGAACACAAUCCCAAGCUGUGUGUAAACACAAUCCCAAGCUGUGUGUGAACACAAUCCCAAACUGUGUGUGAACACAAUCCCAAGCUGUGUGUGAACACAAUCCCAAGCUGUGUGUGAACACAAUCCCAAGCUGUGUGUGAACACAAUCCCAAGCUGUGUGUGAACACAAUCCCAAGCUGUGUGUGAACACAAUCCCAAGCUGUGUAGAGCUGCUUUCUGUCGUCUGGUGGACCUUGUUGGUUAUUUUUCUGUCAUUUUGUUUGGUUGCUUUUUGUGUUAUUGUCUCUGUCUGUCUGUCUAUGUUAAGUGUUACUGGUCAUAUGUUGCUCUGUCUGUCUGCCUGUGUGUUAAGUGUUACUGGUCAUAUGUUACUCAGUCUCUGCUUAUUGUCUGUCUGUAUUGUUAUU